UCAACUUUGCGCUUGCUUCACUAUGAAGGAAAAUCGGAUCCCUCAAAGGGAAUAUAUGGAACUGGAGCACAUUCGGAUUACGGAAUGAUGACGCUCAUAGCAACCGAUGGUGUAUUGGGACUCCAGAUAUGCAAGGAUAGAAACGCUAAGCCUCAGAAGUGGGAAUAUGUACCGUCGAUUGAAGGAGCACUUGUUGUGAAUCUUGGUGAUAUGAUGCAGUGUUGGAGCAAUGGUCUUUUCAGAUCCACGAUGCAUAGGGUUAUUUUAAAUGAUCAGAAUCGAUAUUCCAUUCCAUUUUUCCUGGAACCGAAUCACGACUGCAUAAUAGAGUGUCUUCCUACGUGCCAGUCCGAAAGCAACCUUCCCAAAUAUCCAGCGAUCAAAUGUUCGACAUAUCUCACCCAGCGUUACGAAGAAGUGCAUGCGAAUUUCAGAAGCUACGAAAAACAUGCUUGAUUGAAGGUGUGGUCCACCCCUUACACUAUCCGUUGGAUUUCUAGUUCUGUUGAUUGUUUUCUUAUUAUUAUUUUGGGUUUGGUUUGUUCUGUUGUUCACAAUGUUAUAUAUAUUUAACCUCUGGAGUUAAAAAAUUUUAUUUGUUUCAGUUUUCUGAAAAUAAACCCAAAGUUUUUUUGUCUGAUUAGUUAUGCUAUUACAACGAUGAGAAAUAUUACAUAGAUAAUUCUACAGCCAACAAUUCUACCAUCAUAUGAGAAUGCACGUCUGACUGCAUCACUCCGAACCGCCCUAUGAGAUCCAUGUUCGAUAAUACGCCUUGCACCAUGUUAAAGAUCUCUUGUAAAUUUUUUUCUUCAUAAUCUGUGCAUAAUUUGCGUUUCUGGGGUUUGAAUCUCAAACCUCAUGGUGUAGAAGUAUUAAUGAACCAUUAGUCAAACUACUAGAUUAAGGGGGCUUCCACAACUUAAGAGUUUAACAUGCAAAAUAUAAAUAAAAUCUUAGAAAAAGGAAAGAAAAUCAUAGAUAUUUUUUGACUUCGGCAUAUUUUAUAGUGUUGAAGAUGGAUUGAUUAUAUCUCUAGGCAAGACUUGUGUAUUAAACUGAACUCGACUCAUCUGAGAGAGAGACGGUCAAGGAAAUACGUCAACUUGAUGGGAAAAAGAAAAGUGUCGGUUAUAAAUAGAGAAUAACUAACUCAAAGCAAGGAUAUUCACAAUCUUAAAA